AUGCUAUCUGUCUACCUGUUACUGAAUACUAACGAGGAAUAUCUCUCUUCAGCCGUCCAUAAGCCCGGCGGAAUCUCCUCGGCAGACGUCCUCCGGGAUCUCCAGCGGCACUUCAACCCGUCGGAAUUCUUCAAGCCCGUGCUCGAGGCCGAACGGCAACGGCGGCGCGAAGAGCCCCGGAACCAGCUUCGCAGACGCCGAGACAAGCGCAUACAGGUGAAGCUCGGACACGGCGGCACCCUCGACCCAAUCGCCACGGGCGUGCUCAUCACGGGCGUGGGGAAGGGGACGAAACAGCUGAACAAUUUCCUCGCGUGCACCAAAUCGUACGAAGCAGUGGUUUUGUUCGGCGCCGCCACGGACACGUACGACCGGGUGGGCAAAGUUGUUAGCCGCGCGCCGUAUGAGCAUGUUACUAGGGAAAAAGUGGAGGAGGCCUUGAAAGGGUUUCGGGGGAAGAUCAUGCAGCGGCCUUCGAUCUUCUCGGCGCUGAAGGUACAGGGCAAGAAGCUGUACGAGUAUGCUAGGGAAGGAAAAGAACCCCCCGUCGAGAUUGCAGAGAGGCCCGUGGAAGUGUCGAAUUUGGAGAUCGUCGAGUGGUACGAGCCCGGAACGCACAGCUGGACCUGGCCAACCGAAGAGGCGGGCGGGGCGGAGAAAGAUAUCGCUACGAAAUUAAUCACCAAAGAGAAAAACAUCAUCGAGACGGAACAAGAUCAUGUUUCGGAAGAGAACGACCUGAAGCGCAAGGCCCCGCCCGAGUCCGUACACGGCCAGGACGAACCACCUGCAUCAAAGCGUAAGAAAGGAGAAGAAGACCCUUCACCCGACAGCACUACCACCACCACCACCACGACGGCCUCCUCCUCCCCGCCCGCCGUGAAACUCACCAUGACCGUCUCCUCAGGCUUCUACGUACGAUCGCUCUCGCACGAUCUCGGCUUGGCGCUGGGCAGCAACGCGCUGAUGAGCGAGCUCGUGCGCACGCGGCAGGGGGACUUCGUGCUGGCGCCGCCGGAUCGGGUGCUGGAGUAUGCGGAUCUGGACGCGGGCGAGGCCGUGUGGGCGCCCAAGGUGCAGCGGUUCUUGGAUGAGUGGUGCGAGAAGAUGGAGGCGCAGGGGAGGGAGGGAGGAGGAGGAGGAGGAGGGGGGAAGAGCGGGUGA